AGCAUCCGAUAAUCACAAAAAUUUGUCUCGCACAUGCGCUUCGCGAAAAUAAUUUAUAUACAUGUAUACAAGGAAGCAUUAUUAUAUACAUACACAUAUUAUAAUAUAAAGAACACAACACACGAUCCGUGUUAGCCGCCGUGUGUUUGUGCGCUGCGUUAAGAAUAUGACGUAAACGCCGCCGCCGCCAGUCAUUUCACACGCGUACACGUCAACGUCAGCCGCCGCGUGUCGUGCCCGAACGGCGGCCGUUCGUAAAGACGAGAGACGACGCAUUACGCAACGUACAUUAUUAGGUACCUAUAUUAUAUUAUUAUAUACUUCUAUUAUUGCCUGCUAUCUAUGCUGCAGCCGCAUAUUACUAAAUUAUAGUCGUCUGCGGUACUAUACGGCGACUGCAUCGUCUCGGAACUCGCCGAAUCACGUCGACACAAUAUUAUAAUAUUAUGUCCGUUAUUAUUAUUAUUAUUAUUAUUGAAUAUAAUUCGUGGGGUUUGUUUUUUUUUCCGCCGCUAGCACGGCGGCGUGACGUUUCAGGCGUGGUUUAAUCGAUUCCCCGACGGACGACCGAUGAUACAGCGGCUAGUGGCUGCCUGCCUCUGGUAAGCCGCGUCCCGUUUCGUCUCCGAACUAACGGAACUGCGGUCCGAGACGUCGUUCAGUGAUAAUAAUAUUAUGUAUUUUACGACCGCUAAAAGGUACAGGAACAGUCGGGAAGUGCAGUGCGGCGUGCGAUUGCACGCGUAACGUACAACACGAACGCGUCCGAAAGUAUAGACACAGCGAGCGACGUCCGUCCGUGUUAUCUCCGUUUACGCGCAACCGCUGCGCCCGACGGUCACCCCUGUUUACUACACUUCAUACACGACAACGGCCGCGUACCACUUGCAGACUGUGACUCAUGUUUUUCCUCCUUCCGUUCGCGACGUACUACAAUCAAUAACCUUAUCACGCACACAUUCUCGUCGCGGCGUAGCGCGUACACGCGUAUGACGUGCUCACUGGUCGUUUCACUGUUCCGUAUUCGCACGACCGUUCGAGUUCGACCGACUACGGCGACGAACACGACGGUCCGCAACGGCCACGAUAGUUGUACUAUUACGACGGUUCUCGCCUGUCGAUGACAAGUUCGGGCCGCCAGACUCAUCACUGUACCCAAUAAAAGAAGUUGCAGACUGUAGUUCCCGGCGCGCUCUGUACAAUCGUCGAUGCGGAUGUCUUAUUGCCAUUAAAUUUAAUGUCUGGAAUAAAUAAAUCUAUCUGUUAUUUAACAAGGUGAGCUCAUUUAAUUAGGUAUUAUUAUAAGCCUUUUUCAUUAUGUCUUCAAUCAAGCACUGUAGAGAUAAACAAUUAUGGUGUUGUCGAUAAACGUAUCAGCAACAGAAUCAGAAUCAUUCCAUUCGACCUCAAUACUCAGUUUUGGGCUUUUGGCUCCUUUUGAAAGUAAAUACUUGUUUAGUGUAUACAUAAUGCAUUUAUUCUGUGGAUAAAGUCUUAGAUUACAAUAUAUUAAAGAGAGUAGAGUAUCUUACUCUUAAUAUUUCUACCCACUUUACGUACCACCGCUUUGAGCAUUUAUUAUUUAAAAUAAUAAUAAAUAUUAUUAUUAUAAUUUUUUCAAAAUAAAAACCAAGUCUAAACUUUCGGUUGGAAUCAAGUCAAUGAUCCAAUUAUUUAUGAACAUUUGAAUAAAGAAUUAUCAUAUGGUUGUAAAACAUUAAUUAUUUAUUAUUUGCUCAUAUAUUAAUCCAUUACAAAUUCACUACAUUUAAUAUUUAGGUAUCUUAUUUUGAGUUUAAUAUUAAAUUUCACUACAAGGUAAAUAAUAGGUAUUAUUGUUUUGUUGAUUUUAAAUGAUAUUGUAUCUGAGAUUUUAAAUAAGUACCUACUUAGAUUUAAUUUGUUUAGUACAUUUUGAUUUUGAACCAAUAAUUUAUUUAAUUAUGUUUUUAUUCAAGAGAUUUUUAUUUGGAUAUUACAUAUGAUAAGGUGUAAUUUUGUAAUAAUUUUUAGUUAUAGUUACCUAUUUUAUUAACACUAGUCAAUGAAUAAGCUUUUUAUUCAUCACUAUUUAUAAUUAUAGUACUUUUAAUCAAUGGUAAUAAUGUAACAUUUAGUUACUGAUCUAUGUAAUCAAAUUUGAAUUAUAUUUUUGGACCGUGGUUAUUUUGUGUAAUCCUACUAAAAAUAAUAUUAGGAAUAGGUGAUCAUCAUAUUUGCAUAUUUUCAUAAUAAUCAUAAUCAUACUUACACAAAUUGCAUACAAUUUAUAUUUUAUUUCUAAAAUUGUUUUUCCAUCAAAUGUCUAUUAUAAGUUUCUAAUAUUAAUUUGUGUACCUGAAGUUUAAAUAGCGAUACUUAGUUAUAUAUUUUUAGUAUUUUGUAUUAUUUGAUAGAGAAAAAAUAAGUCGAGGAAAAAUUGUCGAUAUGUUGAUUUUAGGAAGGCGUAAAUAGUAAUAACUGUAAUAGCCUAGUAAUUGUUUACCCUAUAUAGUCCUAUUUACCCUGAAGUCGUGACUGGUUUGGAAUAAAAGGAUACACUCACCAAUUUUAUUUAAUAUAACACUGGAGAAAAUAAUUAGUAGUGCUCAAGAUAAUAACUUAAGGACUAGUAUUGGUGUCACAUAAAUUGAUGUACGGAUUUUGAAGAUGAUCUAAACCUGAUAGAAUACAGCAUGGAAAUAGUAGUAGGUACAAAAUACAAGCAUACUAAUAGAAAAGAUAGAAUAGAUGGAGUAAAAUAGUGUGAAGAAACACUGUUAUUAACAAAUCUUGAAAAUUGAAUCUAGAAUUGAUACAAUUUAAGAACAUGGAUGAUAGCAGAUAUAAUAUUCUUGUAGAUUGUAAAGUCAAAAAAUUAGAAGCUUAGGAAAAUAUGAAUAUCAUUAUGCCUAUUUCUAAAUAUAUAAAGGUUACUAAUUUAUUCAUCCAAUUAAUAUAUGUAAGAUAGAAUGUUAUUUCUGCUUUACAAAUAUAAUAUGUUUGUCUCAGUUUUUUUUCACCAAUUAGUUUUUAAUUAUUUUACUUUAUUUUUCUUAUAAAGUGGUAUUUAAUUAUUUGGAACAAAAUAUUGUUGUGGAAAUGUUAAUUAUUAAAUACUUAAUAAUGAAUCAAUAAUUUAUUAUUUAUAAUACUAACUAUGGAUAAUUGUAACAGAGAAGUUAAAUUUUGUAGGAGAUACAAUUAUUUGCCUAUUUUCCUGUUCCUUUUUUUUAAACUUAAACUAAAAAGAUUUUAUAAAAAAAGCAAAAUAUGUGCAAAAAAUACCCAUGAAAAAAUGUUAAAUAUCUAAAAAAUGAUUUAGUUUAUUAUUCAAAAACUUAUAAUGUCAUUAUUAAUAUGCAAAACUAAGAUAAAGAUUAAAUACAAAUUGCACCUCUUAUCGUUAAAUUAAUAAUAGACUGAGAUAGUAAGAAAUAAUAACAAGUAAUUAAACAAAAUAAUUUUUUUCUACUUUUUCAUAGUCAAUGUAAAAUUAUAAUUAAUUCAUCUAAAAAUAAAAAGAACUCGGGUUAAAUUUAUUUGCAUUUAAAAAAUUGUGUGCUAUAAUUUGUCUCCAGGAUGAAUUUAUUAUAGGUACCUUAUAUAACUAAUUAUAACCUUGAAAUUAUAUAGGUAGUUAUAGAUAAUUUACAUAAAUUAAUUUCCUUACGAAGUUAAAAAAUUUAAAAAUCAAUUUAAAAUACCUACUUAUUUUGUAAUUCAAACAUGUACUUUAAUGUAUACAACAUUUACCUAAAUAUAUUGUAGUACACAAUAGUAUCUUAUGUUUAGUUUUUUAGCAUAGACUAAAAUAUACUAAUUGAUCUUUUCUUGAACUUCUAAUGUUAUUUGUUAGUUACCAUAACAACUACAAUGUAGCCAAAUUACAUAUGUUAGUAAUAAUGGCUCUCUUGUAAGAAAAACAAAUUUCUACAUCCACCCAGUAUUGUUUUAAAUAUUCUAGAUAAUAUUCCUUCACUCCAGUAGAAUCCAUAGUUGUAAUAUAUCUUGUUUAGGGCCAUAAUAAUAAAAUAUUAUCCUCGUGCAAACAAUAAGCAAAAUUAUUUUGUUAACAUAAAUACAAUUUUGUCUUGUUUUAGAUUUCAGAAACGGUGGGAUCCGUAUUUUGAAAAGCUAUGAUAGGCUUGAAACUGGAUAAUGAUGACUUAUCAAAGCUUUUCCCUAAAUGUCGUCCAGCUUCUGUUCGAUCUACAGACUUAAAUUUGAAUCCUCUCUGUGACGGCGACACAGACCAUGAUAUGGAUUUGAUCCAGUCUAGUGAACGGCAAAGGAAGAGGUAUACAUUGUACAUGUAGUAUGUACACAUAUUUAUUUGAGUAUUAUUUAAAAUCAAUUUUAUACUAUUAUUCAAUAGGUGUGAUAAUAUACGUGGAAAUGGCACAAGGAAACGUAGUAUUCGUGGGAUUAGAAAAUUUCGUACUCGCAGAAGAAGUGAUAGUGAUGCUAGUCAAGACUCGUCAUUAGAAACUAGUAUUGAAGAUGAUGAGGAAGAAAUUAAUGAAAACAUGGAAGAAGAUGAAGAUGAUGAAUCAGAUAUAAAAAAUGCAUCUAGUGAAUCUGGUGUGAUGUGUAAUGUGGAUGUUGGGGCUGUUAACCGAACAAGAAAUUUGAAUAAAGGAAAUUUGACGUCACAACAAUCUACAUACAAAUUGAGGGAUUCAAGGUUUGACUUUCUUAUUUAUGGAAACAAUAAGGAAAAAAAAUUUAAAUAAACGUGAUUGAUCUAUAUUUUCUAGAAUAAUAGAAAUAGCUGGAGGUCGAGAAGUUUAUAGCCAAAGUCGAAGUAAACCAGGUCGAAAAACUCGUCAAAUACCAUUGCCUUCAGAAGUAGAUUGGAUUAAAUCACCUGGCCGCAUAUGGGAACUUCGUAAUAGGUAAAUAAAAAAUGUAUUAGUUUUUCUUUUAGAAGAUAUUGAUUAUGUUUAUAAUUUUUCGGUUCUCAUAUUACUAAGCAAUUUUAUUUUUACUUUACAAUUUCUGUUUUUGCUGUAGAGGAUUAGAUGUUCCCAGUACUGAAUCUUCAAGAGAUAUUUCAGAAACAGUGUUUUCAACCGAUGUAAAAUCUAAUAAACAACGGCCAUUAUCUUUAGGUAAUUAAUAUACAAAUUAUUAACUAGUAAAUACAUUAAUUACUGAGCAUAUAAUUUAUAAAGAAUUAGACGAUCCAGUUUUAUUUGAUGAUAUACAUAAUGAUGCUUGGGACAAAGUUCAACAUGAUUCUUCAAUUGGUCACUAUGGAAUGCAUCAUCAUAAAAACACAUACCAAACUAUUGAUUCUUGUCAACACCACUUAAAUUAUAAAGUAUGUUUAUAUUUAUAGUUUAUCUUUAAUUUGUAGUAAGUAUUGUACUACUAUUUACCAAUUUCUCUCUUAGGCUAAUCAAAAUGGAGAAAUAAAUUUGAUUGGAAAUAGUAAUCGAUCUGAAAUAACCAAUAUUGAUAAUACAGAUGGAUUAGUUAGAUCUCAGUGUGAAGUUCAGACAAAUGAUUUCAAUGGAUCACCAAAACAGUUUAGAGAGGAAGAACAAUCAAUGCCUUCUUUAUUAUCAUCUCCUACAUUAUACAUGCCUCGGCCAGGAUUUCCUCAAGUAUAUAGUUUCAAAAAUUAUUAUAAUAACAAUAGUAAUGUAUUUACUACUUUUAGUUAUAAUUUUAAAUAUUUUACAGAGGGUGGUCCAAGAUGAUUCUAGGUCUUCCAGUCCAUCUCCACCAAUGAAUUUUGAUUAUUUAUAUGAGUUUUCAGAGACCAGAAAAGUUUUAGAAGAAUUUUUUAAGUCUGGAACUGAAAAUCAGGACAGUCAACAGUUACAAUUCCAGGUAUAUUUAAUAUUAUUUAUAAUUGAUAAAAAUUAAUAUUUGAAAUAUAUGCAAUAUUCAGUAUUAGAAUUUAUAUUAUUAAUAAGUAUUAAAAACAAUACAUUUUUUUAAUUAACCUUUACAACACACUAUUUCCGAAUUAUCUAUGUCCCAAUCAUGCGUGCAGGGUUAAAAUUGUUUAAUAUAAAAUGUAAAUAGUUAUAUAUAUUUAUUUUAUUUAAUUAGAUUUGUAUACUACAUUUAGGAUAUUUUAUUACAAUAAAUUGUAACCGUAUCACAUCUGUUUUUUAGGAUUUAGAGUAUGAAUUACGAAGAAGAAUACCAUAUAAGAAUGCAGUGUCUGAACAAGGUGAUACUUAUGGUGGUAUGCAUCUGUCUAAUGAAGAUAUACAUAAAAGUUCACAGUUAUCUCCACAUAAACACGAUUCAUCAUCAGAUGUAUCUCGAUGCUUAGCUGGUGUUAAUCAAGUAUCUACUGAAAUUUAAUAAUUGUAUUUAUGUGAAAAUAUUAUUUUAUGAUAAAUGUUUAUUUAGAAUUGUGCUGGGAGGUAUAAUCGCAAUGUGACUUUAUCACCGGAAGUAACAGACUGUGAGGAUGCUGGUAUGGAUAGUGAUGGGGAAUCUUCAUCUAUGGUUGAUAGUCAACAUUUAAUUCCACUAUGUGGUGUAACAUCUAUCACUAUGCCAGUUUUAGAAGAUGGAUUAUCUAGUGGUCAUACAAGUGACACAGAUAACAACAAUCCAACUGUAAAUAAAUCUGUGUUAUAUAUUUUUAUAAUUAUUUAUAACACAAAAUUAUUUAUUCAGGUAUUACUAAUGAAAAGGCAAAUUAGUGAGAUUGAAAGAGAAAUAAUUGAGCGUACAAAUAGAGUCAGUAAAUGUGAUAGCAAUGAUACAAAUGCUAGUGAUGUACAUUCUAACAGUCAUGAGUCUGGAAUACAGUUAUUAGAUUCAUUAGGUUUGUUUUAAAAUAACUUACGUACUCAAGUAAUAAGUUUUUGGAAUUUUUAAUUUAUUUAGAUGCUCUUAAUAAUACAAUUUACAGAUUUAUAUUUCAAGUUAAUAUAUCAAAUAUUUUUUUUUCAUAAUAUGUAAAAUAAUUUAGUAUCUGUGAUUUCCUUAUUUUCAGUGAGAUCUGAUGAGAGUAGAACACCUCCACCACCAGCACCAACAGCACAUCGUACUGCAAAUGAAUCUGCUGAUUUGGUUGAGGCUGCUAUUCAUGAAAUAAGAUCUAGUCUUAGACAAACAAAGCCCUUAAAAACGACUAAUGUUGAUGAUGACAUAUCUCCAGGUUGCAGUCCUAGUAAAGAUAGUACAAACUCUAAUACUGCUAAAACUGAAGAUUUGCCUAUUUGGGUACCAAGGUAAAAGUUAUAAACAGAGUUUUUCAUAUUAAUAAUUCAGAACCAUAAAGAAUAUUUUUAACUAAUAAUAGAAAGCUAUAAUUUAAUUUUAAUAUGAAUAUAUUUUUCUUUUGAUUAUUAGACAUAGGGGAACCGGUUCUGGACCCAGUGGCGAUGAAGGUAUUUAAAAUUUUUUUUUAAAAUUUUCUUUAGACUUUUAUAUUUAUAAAUUGUUAUUAUUUAAUAUGCUUUAUAAUUAGAAGAAGCAGAUACAGAUUUAGAAACUGAUAGACUUUUAGGACAACAAAGAACUGAUGAUACUGGAUUUUUUGAUGAGAAAACUGUAAGUUUAAAAUUUAUCUAAUAAUUAUUUUCCUUAUACUUUGAUAACCCCUAGUGGUUUUAUAGUAUUUACUCAACUGGCGUAUUUUGUUUGAGCAAUUGUUACAUAUGUUUUCUACCCAGUCGGUCAAUUAUUACAAUUUUUUUUCUAAUUCUUGUAAUAAAAUUGAUUAAACUAGAAAAAAAAAAUUAGUUUUGUAUGAAAUAUCACCACAGGACUGGAAGAAGUCAAAAACACGGUCUUUAUUACCGUUUAGUUUGACGUCGUCAUCAAGCAAUACGUCCUCACAUCCUGCACCCGUAGAACCGGCUGCUAAUAUUGAAAAACCAUUCAUCGUACCCCAAACCCUUAACCCUGCAAAAAAGGUUUGCCUAUGUGCUUUCAUGUUUAAUUUAGAUAUUUUUGAUUGUGUUUAUUAUUUUUGUUUAUAAUUAGUGUAUCAGUUUAUCACUAUUAAAAUUUGUUUGUAUAUUAUUUGCAUUAUGUAACUUUGGUUUUUGAUUUAAAUUAGUAAAUUUCUUACAGCAGGUGAUGAUUCUAUUUUAAUUACUACUUUAAUAAUUUAUGUAUUUAUAUUGAUAUUCAUUUAAAUUAUUUUUUAAUUUGAUAUUGAGUGGUAUAACUAUCUUACAUACUUAUUCCAUGCUAGUUUGAUUUGGGUUCUAAAAUAAUUUCAAAUAGAAAAUAACCUAAACAUGAUAUGCAUAAUAAUUAAAUAUUUAUUUUAAAGUAGCCUGAUUACGUGCUGGACGACAUUGUUGUUAAACAUAGAUCCAUUAAGUGGUAAACAUGAAAGUGGGGCAAGGGUUUUCACCCUCUUAUUUUAAACUGUUAUAAUUUGUUCAACAUUUUUACUAUGUAUAGAAAGGGCUAAUAUAAUUAGUGAAAGUUUCAAAUCUCUGCGAUAAUAAUUAUAUCUGAAUUUCAACUAAAACAAAAUUAAAAAUAAUAGAAACCGUUGUUUUAAUUAUGUUUCAGUCAAAUCAAUUUAUAAAAUUUGUCAUUCGCGACUGAAACAUUUUAGAACAAUAAUUAUUUUUUAAAUUAUUUAUUUAUUAUUUAAAAGUAUAGAAUUGAUAGUAUUAUAUUACCCAAAUGUUUUGAGUGUAUUCAAAAUUAAUUUUGAAAAGUAUUAUUGCAUUAGUGCAUUAGCUGUACAGAAUUUAAAUAAUGCAAUUUCAAAUUCAGUUGUAAAAUCACUUGUUGUUUGGACUUGUAAAACCACAUAUUAACUAUAUUAUAUUUGCUUGAACAUAUUUGAAUGAAUGCUUGAUAAAUUUAUACCCUUACAAUUUUAUGUAGAAUUAUUAAACUUUAUUGCAGUGUUUUUAAUUAUUAAUUAAAGUAAAUUUGUUUAAAUUGAUGUUAUACAUAUUUUAAUUCUGACUAUAUUUUUUUUCUGUAGGAUAAAGAUGGCACUAAAAAGAAAGCUCGCAAUAAAGAAGGUCAGUCAAAUUUUAAUGAUAAUAUGAUAUUUAAUAUUUAAAUUGUACAAAAGUUGAUAAAUGCUAACAUUUUAUUGUGCCGCUUGAAAUAUUGAGAAGCAAUUUUCAGCAGUAUUCAAUAAUUAUUAUUUUUUUUUAUUGCUAAAAGUGAUAUAUUAUAAAACAAUUUAAAAAAAAAAAUUGCUUUGCAACUAAAGAAAAUAACUUAAAAUGAAAGUUACAAAUAUCAAAUGCUUUUACUUUACACUCGCUAUCAGCUUGCCUGUUAGCAGUAAAGUACUUUUGAGUUUAAUAGUUCAAGUCAGUACAAAUUUCUAUACUAUAUAUAUACAUAUAUAUAUAUAUAUACAUAUAUAUACAUAUAUAUAACAAAAUUAUACUAAAAGCACAUCAUAACCAAUCUGUGAACAUUCCUACCGAUUUGUUUUGAUUACAUUUCUGUGUAUAUAUAGUAUAUACUAUUUUUGUAUCUUAACAGCUUUAUUUUGUUUUUAUUAUUCCGUUAGGAAUACCUCAACACCAGACAGGUAUGCUUUGAUGAUAAUAUACAAUUAUUGUCUUUUAACUUGCACGAUUUUAACAUUGUUUGCACAUUAUGAUAUAUUGCAUAUUAUAUUAUAAUAAAUAAAUAAAUAAUCCUUGAAUAAUUGUGUACAUUGUAAACACAUAUAUUUUAUAUAGUUAUGUGAUUAUCAUUUUUUAAUUAGUUAUUACUAUUAUUUUUUUUUUUUCAUUGAUUUUAAAGUUCUUAUUUUAUUUAUUAUAAUAUCUUCUAUUCAUUUUUUUGUUUCAAACAAUAUCUUAUUUUUGGGUUCAGAUUUACCUAAUUUAAGUUAAUAAUUACAUAAUUUUUCUAUCACAUUUUGAUGAACAUGUAUAGCACGUUUAAAAAAAAAAUUAUUACAAGUAUAAUGUUAUUUGUAUUAUGUGUACCUAGCUGUUGUGUGUUAAAUUAAAAAUGUUUAUAAGCAUCUAAUGAAAAACAACCCCUUUUAAUAGUUAUUUAAAAUGUGUUGUGUUGUAGCAUUCUUAUUAGUUACUUUUCAAAAGAUUUGACUAUUUUUUAAACUAUGAGAAGUUUUAUUUAUUGUAUUUAAUUAUAAUUGCCAACAUGUAUCCCUUUGUAGUAUUAUUUUCUAUAAUUGUAUAUAGUUUUUUUAAUUUAAUUUUUUUUUUUUUUCGUUAAAUUUAUUAUCCUAACACUAACAUAUUGCUUUUUAUAUUUUUUAUCAACUGCACAACACGGAAUUAAUACAAUAUUGCACUUGAUUGCACGGUAAGUUCAAUGAUACACACAACUUCUCUAAUCAAUAUUUAAUACUCGCUUUAAAUAUUAAUGUGGUGACUUUUUUUUAAACAUUAAUUUUAAAGUAAUUGUAUUUACAUAUAUAAUGUAUACGGUGUUUUUGCAUAUAUUUUUUGAACAAUCUCAUAUUAUUAAGUGGAAUCAAAACCUAAUUUAUGUUUUGCAAUUAAGGAAUUUUUAAUGUUACAGGCAAUAGAACACUGGUAGGUGAUUUGAUUGAUUACUAAACUGAAUUUAUUACAAAACUAAGUAUAUUUCAGAAGUUCUUAUCUCAAAAAUAACAUCAAAAUCAAUAUAGACUUAUAAUUUUUGUUAUAUCAAAUUGAUUAGGUGUUUGUUAUAGUUUCUUCAUUUUAUAUUUAGAUAAUAAGCUUGAGCUGAGUUGGCUACUAUACAGGCAUUUAUUAUUCAUAAUUUAUAGAUUUCCACAAUUACACACAAUCCUUCCACAUUUUUUCUAUUCAAUAAUAUUUCAUAUGCUGUUAAAUUCUUUUAAUAUCGUUAUUUGAAGUAUAGUGUAGUUAAUUUAAGUAAUGAGACUUGUCUUUCUAGUGUUGUCCCUUGUCUGCAUACUAACAUUUUGGCUAAUAUGUCAAGUGUUAUAAAAGUCAUGGUUAUACAAAUUACUUCUUAAUUCUUUCACAUAGUUGUUAAGUACAAUAGAUUUUUAUACCAAAAUAAUUAUUUUUGUGUAUUGUGGAAAUAUUUUUCAACGUCUAGGCGUAUUAAAUAUUUGUCUAGAUAAAUCUUUGUAAGAAUAUCUGUGACAAUCUAAUCUUUUAUUAGUUAGUAGCAAUGAAUAAAUAUUGACUAUAGUAUCUAUAUUUAAAAAGAUGAUAUUAUAACUUACUUACCUAGUGUUAUAUCAUUUUUCACUCAGUCUAUAAUUACAAAUAUUUAACUGGUUUUUUUUUUUUUUGUUAUGAUUUAACUCUAAAAUUGAAUUAAUUUUAAUUGUUACUCAAUCCAUUCAUGAAAGGUGUGGAGUACAUUUAGUGUAAUAGCUUAUUGAAAUUUCUGAAGGCUAUCAUAUUAAAUUUACAAUAAUUUUAUUUCAACACAAUAGUUCAUUAAUUAUAUUUUAUUAAAUUUUUAUACAUACAUAUAUAUAUUUGUAAUGUGAUUUUUAUGAGAAAUUACUUUUAUAUUAUAUAAUUUUUAUAACUUCCCAUCUUAUGACACAUGACUUUCUAUCACUUGACAUAGAAUCAAAAUUGUUAUAUUAUACAGCUUUUGUGAUUCUAGAUUUUGAACAGAGUAAGGAAUGUAUCAGUUUUACUAUGAUAUGUGAUGGUAUACCAUCUUUUUAAAUGUUACAUAAGCCAUUGGUAACCUAAAAUUGACAAAUAUAAUAGUGGAAUUUGUUUUGCAACGCAUUAAAAUUUGACUAAAGUAGGUAUCCAUUACAAAUAACAUUUAAAGCCUUUGAAAAACCAAAUUAGGUUCUUUAUUUCACUUCAUAAUGUGACGUUAUUCCAAUGUUAUGAAAAAAUAAUGAAACAUCCUGUAUGUAUUAUGGCCUUUGGGGUGAUUUUUUUAAUCGUUAUCCAGGGAUUAUCUACAAUGAUUUUAAGUAAAAUUUGUUAUUUCAAUCAUUAUAGAAUUGAAAUUAACAAUACUAAUAUUUUAUAAAUAACAUUAUAAUAGUUUGAAAUUUAGACUUAUGGAAUAGGGAAGGGUAAUUUAUUUCAUACAUCCAUUUUUAGAAAAUUUUCUUUUUCUCCCGUUUAUAUUUUAAACUGAUGAUUUAUAUAUGAUCUAUCCAGUAUUAAUGUUAUACAUAUUAAAAUAUUAGAAAAAUAAUUACCUUUCCAAAUCUUGUUUUCAAAGAGGGAUGGAGUUGCUAUUUUAUAAUCAUAUGCUGCUUUAUGUUCAUGAUGUAAGAAAUAAGGAAAAUAUUGUAAAUAAAAGAGAUUUUAUAAUGAAAAAAAAAAAAACCAAAAUCAAUUUUAUUGAAAAUCUUCACGGAUAAUCAUUGGAUCAUAAUAAAUAAAAUUUAAAAUAUUAGAACAAAAUAAUCAUAACUAAUAAUACGCAUAAUAUUUGUUUGUAUCGUAAUCAAUAUUAGUUAAUAAUGUUAUCAUUAAGUUGCAUAACUUUGAAAUCUUAAACUGUAAGAUAAGAUUAGUAAUAAAUGUAUGAAAUUAUAUGAAUGUUAAAUCAAAAUUUGAAUACUCAAAUUAUUAACUAUUAAUGUAAUUUAAAUUUGAUUUUUUAUAUAGUUAUGAUUCAUGAACCUGCAGUUUUAAUUGAAGGUGUUUUAUUCCGAGCACGCUACUUGGGUUCCACACAAUUGGCUUGUGAAGGACAACCAACAAAAAGUACAAGAAUGAUGCAAGCCGAAGAAGCAGUUUCUAGAAUAAAAGUAGUUUAUUUAGUAAUGUUUUAUUUUUAAUCUUUUUAUGUAAUAUAUUUUGUUUUUAUAUUCUGUUUUCUUACAUUUGGAUUAAUUAGGCUUUGGUAAGUUGUACAUAUGUAAAAAGAUCAAUUUUUUUUAUUGAUAUUUUUAUUAUAAUAAUAUUGUGAUUUUGAAAGGCUCCAGAUGGCGAGACUCAACCAAGUACUGAAGUGGAUCUUUUCAUUUCAACUGAAAAAAUUAUGGUUCUCAAUACUGAUUUAAAAGAAAUAAUGAUGGAUCAUGCCCUCAGGACCAUUUCUUACAUAGCCGAUAUUGGUGAAUUAGUUGUAUUAAUGGCCCGUAGACGUUGUUUCCUUACACACCAAUCAUCUGACUCUGCCACAGAAACUGCAUUAGUGCCUUCAAAUAUAAAUGGAAUUGACAAAGCUGCCAAUAACAGAACUCCUAAAAUGAUAUGCCACGUCUUUGAAAGUGAUGAAGUAAAAUAUAUUCAAUAAAAUAUUUAGUAAUUAAUACAUUAGUAGUGCAACUAUUUCAUUAUGAGAUAUAGGUUGUUUUUUUUUUUUUUUAAUUUACCCAAGUGUAAAAUAUCUGAUUGACACAUGUUCAUAUUAUUUAUAUAACAAUUUUUUUUAAAUUUAUAUUUGAGAAUAACAUGAUACAAUCAUAUUAAUGAUAUAUUAAUUAUCAGAUAAAAUCUAUUAUCCUAAAUUAAAAAUAUGAUUUUUCUAUAAAACUAAUAAUAUAUAAUUGUUGAAGAAUUAUGAUUAUGCAUUUAAUUUAUUUUACACGUAUAUGUCACAAUAUUGAUAUUCAUAACUGAUUGAUUUGCUUCUUAUCUAUUUGGAACUUUAAUAUAAAAUGUAUGACUUUCAAAUUUAACUAAUUAUUUAAAAAAAAAAUAUAUAUAAAGUUAAUUAAAAUAUCUUUAAAUGCACGUUGCUUUUAUUUUUUAAAAUAUACAAUUGUUUUGUUUUGUGUUUAGGCUCAGUUUAUUGCCCAAUCUAUUGGACAAGCUUUUCAAGUUGCAUAUAUGGAGUUCUUAAAAGCAAAUGGUAUAGAGGAUCAUAGUUUUGUUAAAGAAAUGGACUAUCAAGAAGUAUUGAAUUCACAAGAAAUUUUUGGAGAUGAAUUACAAAUGUUUGCCAAAAAAGAGUUGCAAAAAGAAGUAUACUACAAUUGGUUUAGUUUUUAUCAGUUUAACUAGAAUUUGUUUUCUAUAUAGGUUGUAGUGCCAAAGUCUAAAGGAGAAAUACUAGGUGUUGUAAUUGUGGAGUCUGGUUGGGGUUCUAUGUUACCGACUGUUGUGAUAGCUAAUUUAGCGCCUGCUGGAGCAGCUGCACGUUGUGGCCAAUUGAAUAUCGGUGAUCAAAUAAUUGCUAUUAAUGGUGUAUCACUUGUUGGCCUACCUUUAUCGACUUGCCAAAAUUAUAUUAAAGUAUGUUUAAUAUUAAUUUAUUUACCAUCACCUAAUUUUCAAUAUUAACUAUAUCAUUAUAUUUUGUCAUAAUUUUUUUUAAGAAUUCCAAACCUCAAACAGUGAUUAAAUUAACUGUUGUACCAUGUGCUCCUGUAGUUGAAGUGAAAAUCAAAAGACCUGAUACAAAGUAUCAACUGGGUUUUAGUGUACAGAAUGGUGUGGUAAGCUACACAACUCCUUUUUAAUAAAUUGAUUGAUAUUUAAAUAAAAGUAAUAAACCAUUAACAUUUCAAUUGAUUUGAUUUCAAUAGAUAUGCAGUUUACUUCGUGGUGGAAUUGCAGAACGAGGUGGAGUACGAGUUGGCCAUAGAAUUAUUGAAAUAAAUAAUCAGAGUGUGGUGGCAGUGCCACAUGAAAAAAUUGUAAACUUGUUAGCAACAUCAGUUGGAGAAGUAAGAUUAUGUUUUUUAUUUUUAUAACAAAAUUAUAGAUUACUAAUGGAAAAUAAUUUUUUACGGUUUUACUAAAUUUGGUAAAUUAAUAUUUAUUUUUAAAUUAGUUUAUAGAUUUGGCACCUUAAAUAGCCAUUGGGCCUUAAUUUAGGUUAAUCUAUAAUAUUUUAUUAUUUUUAAAUUAAUUAUUUCUCUUCUCUUCGUUUGUACAAUUUUCAGAAAAUGUAUGCUAGUAAAUGAGAUAAAUGUUUACUUAUUACUAUUGGUUGAUUAAAUGUAUAGAUUUUGUUUUAUAGAUUGAUAUUAUUUACACACAAUUUUAUUUUAAAGUAUUAGUUGCUUAUAUGUGCUUAAAAUCUAAAAUAACGGUAUAAUUUAAUUACUUAAACAACAAAUAUAAUGUGCUGGUUACGUUAUUUUUUUUUUUAUUUGUUUAGCUAACCAUAUUAAGACCAAUACAACUUUGAAUGAAAAAAUUAAAAACCUAUUUUUGAAUUUUAGCAAAUAAAAUUAUUUGAUGUGUUUUUACCUUAUAGAUUUUAAUGAAAACGAUGCCAACAUCCAUGUUUCGUCUUCUCACUGGUCAAGAAACACCGGUGUUCAUCUAGUCUUAAAACCAGAAUUGUCUCUGUAUAUAUAAAUAUACACUCAUACACACAUACACACACACAAACACAUACAUACACUUCAAGUAAAAUAUUUGCCAUUUUGAGUUUAUAAGGUUGAAUGUAAAACAACUAGAGAAAAAUCUAUUUUUGAGAUGAUAGCUGUGUUGAUCAUUAUAAUGUAUUGUACAUAGCAAUCUCUCUGAACUGAGAAUACACUGCCUGGUCAGUUUAUGGACUAGUAAAGGGUUUUUGCACAAUUUUCAUGGGCAUCUUAUCUCGAUUUCCUUUGUAAUUUUAAAAAUCAAAGUUAUACAAAUAAUAAUUAUAUGGAAUAAUUUUCAAAUAUUUUUUUUUUUCAAAGAAUGUUUUUGUUAUAAUUAUAAAUGUCUCAGUGUUUUUCAACCGUGAACUAAAGAAAAAAUCUAUAUACAGCGGUUUACAUCACUUACACAUUUAAAACACAAUUUAUCAAACAUUGCCAUAUCACAAUUUAUAUUAUUGUACUAUACAUUUGAUUGUUUUCCUAAAUCUAAUUAAGACCCUUUAUAUUUUUUUGUGUAUUUUAUUUGUUUAAAUGUUUUGUUUUUUUAUUAUUCAGUUUUUUUUUUUUUAUUUGUUAUUGUUGUUUUAUUUUUAUUUGUGAUAAUUACUUUGCUAAUGUAUAUUACGUUGCUGUAGCAUUGUAUUAAUUUAUACUUUGAACCAACAAUAUUGUUAGCGAAACAACAUUGUUAUUCGAACAACUCAAUUGUACGUAUUGUACAUAAAACGUGUCUAUGGACACAUCAGUUGUGACAAUUUCUAAUUCCUAAUUAUUCUAGUCAUCGUCAUGAAUGAACGUGUUAUGAUGUAAUUUUUAAUCCUAAUAUUUAUUGUGGUCAUUAGACUUAAAAUUUAUGUAUUAUAACAAAACAUUAAAUAAAAUUUAAAAAAUAUUUAUAAUAUGUUUAAUUUUAAUAAAAUGU